UAAAUAAUGACCCUGCAGUGCAGAAGAGGUAUGUCGUGUAGCUCUGUCUUUUGUAUCCUACCCUCAUCUACAGGCUCAGUUUGAUGGGGACCUCCCUGAGCGAGACACGUAUUGUCCCAUUUACACUCGAGUUCGGACUAGGUAGUUCUUGCUACAGAUGAUUGCUAAAUCCAGGGGCAGUCGUGAGAAAUCACGAGAAAACAAGCGUUCCCAGUUGUCAUCUUCUACACAAUGUCAUGUGGCUACUUCGUUCACUGCAGGAUACUGGAGGUGGCUGCCACUCUGCUUGAUCGCCUUCAGGCUUUUCAAUGCGGUGUUCCUUGUCCAGACGUACUUCGUGGCUGAUGAGUACUGGCAAUGUCUUGAAGUUGCUCACAAACUUGUGUUUGGCUAUGGUUACUUGACCUGGGAGUGGGUAGAGGGAAUCCGUGGCUACUUCCAUCCAGUGCUUUUUGCCAGUCUCUACAAGGCUCUGCAGUUGACUGGAUUGGAUUGCACGGUGUGCUUGGCCGUUGGACCACGUCUUCUGCAGGCUAUGUUCGUUGCAUGGAGUGAUUGGCACAUGCUCCCGCUGGCCGAGCGCUAUUUCUCCGCCGAUGUGGCACCAUGGGUGCUGCUCAGCUACAUAUGUACGUGGACGAAUAUCUACUGCAUGGCGCGCACACUCAGCAAUAGCCUGGAGGCUGUGUUCUGCAUUGUUGCACUAUCACACUGGCACUGGUGCUGGUCUCCUCGCUUUGACUUGCCUGCUGUUCGCCGAUCGUUCGUGUUUGCGGCACUGUCCUGCCUCGUUCGGCCGACGGCAGCUGUUCUCUGGCUGCCGCUUACAGCUCAUUUGUUAUGGACCUGCCGCAGACAUGCCCGUGAGACCAUCAUCAGUGCAAUUGUCCCUGUUGCAGUGGUCUCCUUGCUACUGUCCUUCGCACUCGACAGUUUGUGUUAUGGUCGCCCGGUGCUGGUGCAGUGGAAUUUUCUCAAGUUCAAUUUCCUCAACGAUCUAGCGUCGCUGUACGGCACUCAUCCGUGGCACUGGUACGUCACAUCUGGGCUCCCCACGCUACUAGGCACUACUCUUCUCACGGCCGCCAUGGGUCUGUACUUGUGCAACCGCGAGCAAAACGUCCUGGCCGCGGUCGCCUGUGUGGUGGUUCUGGUCAAUAGUUUUGUGGCGCACAAGGAGUUCCGCUUCUUUCUCUUUCUGCUGCCUAUAGCUGCCGUGUACGCAGGCAAAGGCUUGCAUUGUGUGUUGCGUAGUGUUCAUGAGAAGGGUAGAUGGCAGUACUGCCUGGUCUUAUGUUUCAUGGUCGUUCCGCAGUUCGCUGCUGCUGUGUAUUUCGGAGUUGUCCACCAGUCUGGCACCGUAUCGGUGAUGCGUUAUCUCGACUCUGAGGCGUCCUUGCCGCUCUAUUCUAGAGAUGCGUCCAAGUUUAGUGUUCUCUUUCUGAUGCCGUGCCACGCCACUCCUUAUCACAGCCAUCUGCAUCGUAACAUCUCCAUGGAGUUUCUCACUUGCCCACCUCUGCAGGAGAAACCCACGGAAGACGUCGUAUUCUAUGGUGACCCUGUGCCAUGGCUGCACGCCCGCUUCGACGGCGGUGCGCGCCAAUUUCCGUCGCACAUUGUUCUCUUUGACGUUUUGGAGCCAGUCAUCCGUAAGUGGCUUCACGACUCCGGCUAUCGCAGACAGGCCUCAUUCUUCCACUCCCACUUCCCGGAGGGGCGCGUUGGACAGCGCGUCCUUGUCUACAAUGCCCCAAUCAAAUGAGCGCUCCUUCAGAAUAUUCGCACGCAAUACACAAAAUACGCGGAGCACAGCUUGUACAUGUACAACUGCAGCUCGUGAACAAAGCUAUCCAGAACUUCCCCGUUCUAUUGAAUGCGGUGCCACUGCAGUCUCGCACCUUGUGCUGCCAGUACUUUGACUUGCACAAUGUGCCCGAUUGGAUACAUUCGGAUACAGUAUGAUUAUUGCAAGCACGGCUGUUCAACUGAAGUCUGAAGACAAUUGUUGCGGUGACUGACUUGCUGAACAACUUGAAUGCUCAAAGAUUCCUGGCCUGCACUUCCAAGUAUGAAGGUUUUACCAGGAAUGUUUGAGCUGCGUGAGAGCUACGCAGGUGUAGUGCGUUGCACUAGCUGCAGAGGCCUUUCAUUAUUAUGAAUGAAAUCAGUCCCUUUGCCUCGCACAUACUUGUACCAAUGUGUGCUCAAUGCUCAUAGUACACGCACACACCGCAUACUGCUAAAGGCAAUGAUACUGGAAGAUAUAUUCCAUGCAAUUCAUGCUCGGCAUGCAAGCAGCGUGCAAGGUUAGGAAUUUACUUCAAAGUACAUGUACAAGCAUUACGUAACUUUAGACGUCACAGACUCACAGCCCAGUGAGCUUUUAGAAAUGAUUUCUCUGCUCAAGGACAA